UUAAAUCGAUGUUGCUGCACCUCUAAUUUUGAUUCCAAUUCGCAAAAGAAAAUCACAAAUAAGGCAACAGAUCGCGCGUUGGUCAAUAGCCUUUUAGCCUGUGCGUGAUAUAUCGUUAAGGAAUCCGCGAAAAAACGCAACAACGCAUCGGGAAAGUCGCGCCUCCGCCGUCUUUGCCUGCGCCCUCUCCACCUGCGACGACUCCGCCUCCCAAAAAAAAAAGAAAAAGAUCUAAGAUCGCGGAGGGCUUUUAUUUUGGGACUCGAUUAGUGGGUGCUGCGGAUUCUCCGACCUGAUAGAGAGUGCCCAGUGGCGUCGCGUCGCUUUGGAUUAUGUCAUUUGUUUACGGGGAAUCGCCGCAGGCCCAGUAGCCAAUGUUGCAUCCAAAAAAAGAGGCAGCGAAAACCUGUAAAAAUGUAGACUGUGUGUGUGAGUGUCAGUGUGUAGUGUGCGUGUGUGUGUGUGUGUGCGGAUAAUGGACGUUUAGUUUUAGUCGUGGCCAUAUCCGUGUAAUAUAUAGCGCUAUAUAGAUAUAGCUAUAAGAUCUAGAUGGCCGCCUUCAAUCCCGGCGCCAGCAGUAGUGCCGCCGAUGUCCUCAGCGCCACCACAGCGACGGCCACAUUUUUGGUGCCCACUUCGUCGGCAGUAUCGCAUCCCGCCGUUACCGCCCAUCCUGCCCAGCUGCAGUUGGACCAGUUCGGGAGCUACUCGGCGCCCCUGCAACACCAUCACCACCAGCAGACCAACUCCUCGUCGUACACCUUUGUGCAGAUCAAGCGGGAGCCGUGUCAGGUGUCCGAGAUCAGCUCCAACAAUUGCCACCAACAACAGCAGCAGCAGCAGCAGCAUCACCAGCAGCAACAGCAGCAGGUGCAGCAUCAGGGCAUGUCCUCCGCCUCGAUGACCGCCUCUUCCAAGACCAUGUCCUCCUCCACUCUGACCACGCUGGUGAAAAUAGAGGCGCCCUCGCCAAAGGUAUCAGAACUGGAAAAGUCUUCAGGCAACUCCGUGCCCAUUGGCAUCGCCGUAGCCAGGAAACGGCCGCAGGAAGCCCUGGUGCCGGCUCUAAACACACCCGCCACGCUGCCCCUGCAGCCACCACUCAACAAGGACAUGAACUGCUUCGGCAUACGCGUCGCUGACCUCGGUGCCACCAGUUGCGGCAAUCUGUACUUUACGGGCAACGGCGACCUGAUGACCACCGGCACGGCCACCGCCGAGGAACUGGCUCUAAGUGCAGCAGGUGUGAGCCGGGCUCCCUCGACCUUCUGGCAGUAUCCAAAUGCAUUACCCAUUGAAUCAGUGAUUUCCAUGUCGCCCGCCACGGUGGGCCUGCAGUACUCGCGGGAGGCCAGCCGCGGACAGGUGGUGCUGCUGCCGGCCGGCCCAACAGCGCUCGCAGGCAUAUCAAAUUUUCCCCUCUUAACGCCCACAGAUCCGUUCCAGCAGGCAGCGGCUGCGGCGGCCUUUGUCUGGCCCUCGGCCUACAUCCCCCAGGCGCCGGCACCUGGUGGUCACUCCGCUGCCGCCGCCGCCGCAGCUGCAGCUGCCUCGCUGCAGCCGUCGCCCAAUUUGUCCAGCUUGCCCAACUUCAUCUUCCCCUCGAUGGGCGGCCAUCAGGCGUUGAGCUCCACCCCAUCGUACGCCUCCCCCCUGCAGCUGUAUUUGGCCGCCGCGGCCACGGCGUCGGGCAGCUCGACGAUGUGCCAGCACAGCAAUCAGCAAACCAGCACCACCACCACCAAUUCCACCAUCAAUCUGAGUCUGGCCGCCGGUCCGGGAGUCACGCCGAGCGGGAAUGCAGUCAGCAGCUUGAGUUCCAGCAGCAGUCUCAGUGCAAGUAGCUCCCGCUUCCUCAGCCUGGCCACUGGGCAGCCUGGGAUGCCAUCACUCCUUUCCCUGCCGCCGCCGGGCAUGAAGGAAGAGUACUCGAUGCCCUUGUCCCUGCCGCCUCUUGUGCCACUGGAGGCGGCGCGCGACAAGGAGCAGGCCCUGAAUCUGAUGCGCCUGCCCACGCCGCCCACCUCCGCCACCAUGGAGCCGUCUUCCCUGGGCCAUGCAACGCCCCACCAUCUCUUCCAGCCGGGUGCCAUGACUACGUCCACGCCGGCAUUGCUCAACCUUUCGAUGCAUGGCAACGGUGGAGAGCUCACAGCGGGCACGCCCCUGCCGGCGGUUUGUGAUGAAGGGGCGCUGAACUACAAACUGCAUGCACCGCUGACGCCGCAGACCCCACCUCGCCUGGCGGAGAUUUCCGUGUCGGGAGCAACUCAGCUUUUGCCGCAGAUGCAGGACGUCAACAUUCAGACGGACACGCCAGUGUGCAGCGAGGACGAGAGUUUCCCGGGUCCAGCGAAGCCUCAAGAGCCAACAAUUGAAACCUUUGGGCCACCCUCCCUUAUCCAGCCGCUGGAACUUAUCAAGCCCAGUGAAGCCAGCCAUACCCAGCCGACCGAGUGCCAUACCCAGACCGAACCCAGUGACAUACCCAGUGCCAGCCAGGAGGAGUCGGCGGAGCAGACUCCCCCGGAACCCGUAGAAAUGAUGACCCAAGCCACGCAGGCCGAUCAGGCAGCCCCCGAGGACCUGACCGGUCUGGAGCUGCUCUCGAACAUAAGCACCAAUAGCAAGCCGCUGGUGCGAGUAAAGCAGGAGCCGGUGGAGCACGUGGAGCAGCCACCACCGCCGCAACCUGUGCACCUGAUGCCCCCAGAGCCUACGCCGCCCAUGCUGGAAAUGGAGCCCACGCCCGUGUCGGAACCUCUGGGAGGUCUUAAGCUGCUGUGCGCCUUGGCCGAGCAACGCAUUCAGGAGGAGGUGGUGCAGGGCAGCAGUCUCUUUGCCACGCCCUCCUCGAGAACGCCCACGCCGACUCCGCAGAAUCUGGGGACGACAGCGACGACGCCGCCAGUCUUCGAGGCCAAGUCCUGCUUUGCCUUUGGGCAAUCGCAGGGCUCCGCAUUCCCCUCCUCCUCCUCCUCCUUUCAGAUGCCAUUAAGCUCGCCCAGUUUUCCCUCGAUGCAGGGCAUCGAGCUGCCGUCCACGUCGGCUGGUGCCGUGGCCGAGCUGACUCCCGUGAAGCGCAAGAAGCACAAACAUUCCAAGUCCUCAGGCAGCGAUAGCCGCAAGUCGGCGCGUUGCAGCAAGAAGAGCAAGAAGAAGCGGCGCCACAGCAGCAGUCGCCAGCAGUUGAGUACACCGGCGGAGGAGGACGUGGAUCUGCAGGACGAGCAGCUGCAGUCGGAGCUGCGCAAUGCCCUACACGCUAUGGAUCCCAGCUACGCGCAGCGCUUUGGUCAGGAGGUGUUCAGCAUUAUGGACAACAGCAUGCGGAUGAGGCUAGCGGACGUCACGCGGCAGUAUCGCAAAAAGAAGCGGAAGCUCGACGAGAUUUCCAAGCACAAGAAGAAGAAGAAGUGCUCCAAGCAACAGCUUCAACUGCAACAACAGCAGGCAGUCCAGCAGGUGGUUCAGCCACCACCAGCCCUGCAACAGCCACAGAUGACGCUUUCCAGUGUCCUGGGGACAUCAUCCCCAUUGCGCGACUACAAGUUCCCAAAGUUUUCGAGCAGUAACCUUCAGGCGUCCAGUUUCUUGCGAUUCCCGGACAAGACGCACUCGUUUCCCCCACCGCCGUCCUUGCAGCAUCCACAACCGGAGCAAAUUCCCUUGCCAAGCAGCAGUUCACCGAGUACCUCGUCGUUCGUCCGCCUGGAGCCGAGUGCACUGGAUGCGGCCGUUGCUAUUGCCCCAACUACCUCUGUGACCUCCGCCUCUUGCUCACCUUCCACCAAGCAGGCGGCUUCUGCGGUGCGGAAGCAGCGGAAGAUGAAGGCGAAAGCUAGUGGCGCCGCCGGAGAUCAGGCAACGGCCACGGAAGCCAAGCGACGUGUCAGUGGCAUUGACCGCGAGCUGCAGCUGACCAGCGAACACCUUUAUCGCGAGGAGACCCGCGUCCUUACCGACAUGGGAGGGCUCUUCUACGCGGGAGUGAUGAAGCCCUUGCGUCCGCCGGAUGUAUACUCAAUAACACUGGACGGGGAACGCGGCAACAAGUCGCAUGUUAUGUCACGCGAGGAUAUACUCAAGGAUACGAUCCUCGAGGUGGCGCCGAAGAGCGUGGAGAGUGUGCCCGUGGGUACGCGACUGUGUGCCUAUUGGAGCCAGCAGUAUAGAUGCCUCUAUCCUGGGCGGGCCAUCGAUUCCGAGCAAGUCCAGGAUGGAGCGGUUAGCAGUGCAACGAAUUCGGCCACAUCAACGCCGGACUUUGUAAGCGUGGAGUUCGACGAUGGGGACAGUGGCAGGAUCCGCUUGCAAAACAUCCGUCUGUUGCUCAGCGAUUAUCCGAUAGCAGAGUACAACGAUAAUCCCCUCUACUCAGUAGGCAAGCAGAAGCGAAGCGCUCUGCGCGGGGGUGAAAAUGGCCCCGGAGGAAUCUCUCAGGACCAUUUAAGCGUGCCCGGCGGCGAGGACUCGCACAGCCACCACAGCUUGGGGAUGAGUAGCGAUAACACCACUUCGCUGGCCGCCACCAUGGAGCUCUUCACGCAGCGCAGUGAGAAAAAGCGCCUGAAGAAGAGCCUCAAGAAGAUGUCCAAGGCUCAGAAUGGCGUCAAUGCGGCAACGGCUACCAACGGUGGGGCAGAUCCUACGGCGUCCGGCGAAGGUGUCAGUGCAGAGGAUGCAGCUCGCAAGCACCACAAGCACAAGAAACGCAAGAAGCACAAGAAACACCACCGCAAAAAUGGCAGUGAAGAGCCGGAGCAACAGGUAGUUCAGCAGGACUACUCUGCGGCAGCGCAGGAAGCAACAGAGGCUCCGCCAACAGAUAUGGCAUCAGCACCAACGCCAAUUGUUAAUCGCGUUAAGGUGGAGGUCAAAGUGAAGACAGAGCAGUUGGACAUGGAAGAGGAGACCGCAUCCAAUCUUAUGUCAGAGAUAUCCGAUGAGGCCAAGGGCGACGAUCUGGUCGAGCAUAACAACUCCAAGGGAAGCAGCAAGAUAGCUGCCUUCCUGCCAGAACGGCAGCUCUGGGGUUGGUAUGGUACCGCCUAUCGCAAGGCGGGCGUCAAGGGACGCGCCAGAAAGCAAUUUUACAAAACAAUCAAAAGGGGAAAGGAGACUAUCACGGUCGGGGACAGUGCAGUAUUUCUAUCGACGGGCAGACCAGAUCGACCCUACAUCGGGCGCAUCGAGGCCAUGUGGGAAACGACCACGGGUAACAAGGUAGUGCGAGUGGCGUGGUUCUAUCAUCCGGAGGAGACGACCGGCUGUCCAAAGUUGAAAUUUCCGGGUGCUCUAUUUGAAUCGCCGCACGAGGAUGAAAACGAUGUGCAGACCAUUUCGCAUCGGUGUGAGGUGCUGCAUUUUGGCAGUUACUUCGACAAGUUCGGUGCCGAUUCGAAGCAAUAUCAAUCCAUAUACGAUAACAAUGAUACAUAUUAUUUAGCCGGGCACUAUAACCCAAGGUUACAAGUGCUAAAACUACAAGACGAUAUUCCAACUCUCGAAGAGCUGCAGGAUACAAAUACUACUACUACUACAGAAACUACUACCGAGGAUUAAGCAAAAAGUGGAUAGGCGUGGUUAGGCAUAGUGCAUACAGAUCUAUAUAUAUACAAUAUAUAUACAUUAUACAUAUAUUUUAUUAUACGUGAACAGAUGGAGCAGAUAUAUACCUAUAUGUAUACAAAUAUUAUUUCUAUAUAUUUUAAAUGUAUUAUGUAUUUCGAGAACUCAAAAAAGCUAAACAAAAACAAACAAAAAAGGACACUGGCGAGAGAUAAAACGAGAGAGAACAAGGAACUAAGCAACAACCACUAAAUUAAUGUGUAGUUACGACAAGCGCAAGCAAUUUUAAGUCUAAUUUUGUAAAAACAAAAACAAACAGGAAAAGCGCUUUGAUGACGACAAAGUUGAUUCACUUAAAGUUCAGCGAGUGUUUACAAACAAAAUGUGUGCUUCUUACAUCCCCUUUGUCCCUUCGAACACAACACAUAACACAACCAACAAUCAAACCAACCAACCACAAACGUACACAGUCCACAUUUAGAAAAAGAGCUAUAGCUACAGAUAUGGGAUACACUUGUUAAUUUACGUGUAUACCUACAUGUUUCAGAUGAAAUUUAAAACGUGUUUUAAAGAUUUUAAGCAGGCAACAUGCAGCAACUACUACUAUAAAUGUAACAAUUCAAUGUGAUAGCAAAACAAAACCAGAUGUUGAUGUGUACAGAGGAGAAAAUAAGUAUAGAUGAUAAAUAAGAAAUCAAGCAGAUUGUGUGUGUUGAAUAUUUACAGUUCGUUUAUUCAAGAAGAGCAGCAACGUAUAAAAUCAAACCUAUCUUUAAUUACAUCAAUAAACUUGCCGGAUAUAUUGAAAUA